AUACUGUACCGUCGCUGGCUGGCUUUCUCUACAUUUGCAAUUUCCAUCGCAGUCUCUUUCAUCCGACUGCUCCGUUCCCCGCAUCCCCGGUUGUCCCGCUUGCCGUCAGUCAUGGCCUCGACCAUGCCGAACCCGCUUCUCACGCCGUUCACCCUCCCGGACGGCACGGAGCUCUCGAUGCGCAUGGUCUACGCGCCCAUGACGCGCGACCGCGCCGUCGGGACAAUCCCGCAGCCGAAUGCCGCGAUCUACUACGCGCAGCGCGCGCACAAGGGCGCGCUUAUGCUGACGGAAGCCACGUGCAUCUCGGCCGAGGCGCACGGGUACCCCGACACGCCCGGGAUCUACACGGACGCGCAGAUCGCGGCGUGGAAGCCGGUGAUCAAGGCGGUACACGCCAAGGGCGCGCUGCUCUACUGCCAGCUCUGGCACGUCGGCCGCGCGUCGCACCAAGAGUACCAACCCGAUGGCCGCGCCCCAAUGGCUCCGUCCGCCAUUCCGAUCCGUAGCGAGGACAAGGUGUACAUCAGCACCGGCGCCGCGGACUACCCUACCCCGAGGGAGAUGACCGUUGAGGAAAUAAAGAUGGUCACUGAGCAGUACCGUGUGGCGGCUCGCAAUGCGAUUGAUGCCGGAUUUGAUGGUGUGGAGGUGCACGCUGCCAACGGGUACCUGCUGGAGCAGUUCAUCAAGGACGGCAUCAACAAGCGCGAGGACGAGUUUGGCGGCUCCCUGGAGAACAGGCUGCGCUUCCCCCUGCAGGUCAUCAAGGCGGUGGCGGAGGAGGUGGGCGUGAGCAAGGUGGGAGUGCGCCUCUCGCCCUACAGCACCUUCCUGGAUGCUUCCGACUCGGACCCCGUCGACACGUACCUGCGGCUGGUGGAGCACGUGGACGGCAUGGGGCUGGCGUACCUGCACUUCAUUGAGGCGCGAGUGCGGGCAGGGGAGGACAUGGAAGACGUGAAGGAGACGCUGGAGCCCUUCCGCGGUGCGUUCACGGGGCCCUUCAUUGCUGCUGGCGGCUAUAAGCGUGAAAGCGGCAUGUCAGCUGUCGAAGGUGGGUCGGCAGAUUUGAUUGCGUACGGCCGUCUCUUCCUUGCUAAUCCCGACUUGCCGAAGCGCUUUGAGCUGAACGCGCCGCUCAACCCGUAUGACCGGAGCACCUUCUUUGUUGCGGAGCAAGUGAAGGGGUACAUCGAUUAUCCUUUCCUGGAUGAGGAGCCUAAAGAAGUAUAGAGGGGGGUAGGAUAUGAGAUGAGGCUCGUCUAUAUUGAGAACGACUGAAGCACCUUUCUGCUUCGAGAUGAGUGAAAGGGAAGGGUAAUUAUGUUUUGCGUUGCGUCACUUUGGGUGGCUUUUAAAUUAUGCCAUGCACUACCGUAAACGCCCGGAUAGAAGUGUUAAAAUUAUAUAAGUUAUAAUUUAUAUAGGCUUGGUAGGUUGUUACUGAACCUUUUCUGUAGAGGGUACAAACCCCUCCUUGUACUCCUCUCUCUUCCUAAUC